GCCGAGGCAGAGGCGGCGCGGCGGCCAGCCGGGAGGGGGGCGGCUAGUGCCCGGAGCGAGCGACACGCGCUCGUCCCGACCCUAUGCAGUGAUUCUAGUGGCGCAGGCGCCUCCUGCCCCGCCGGCGGGGCCCGGGCUUCCCACGGCGGGAUGUUCUCCCGAAGGAGCCACGGGGAUGUGAAAAAGUCCACCCAGAAGGUGCUGGACCCCAAGAAGGACGUGCUGACCCGCCUGAAGCACCUGCGGGCGCUGCUGGAUAAUGUGGAUGCAAGCGAUCUUAAGCAGUUUUUUGAGACCAAUUAUUCUCAGAUAUAUUUCAUCUUCUAUGAAAAUUUUAUAACACUGGAAAAUAGUUUGAAAUUAAAAGGGAAUAAUAAAUCACAAAGGGAGGAGCUGGACUCCAUCCUCUUUCUUUUUGAAAAAAUACUGCAGUUUCUACCUGAACGAAUUUUCUUUCGAUGGCAUUACCAGAGCAUAGGCUCAACUUUAAAGAAGCUUCUACACACUGGAAAUUCUAUUAAGAUAAGAUGUGAAGGAAUCAGGCUGUUUCUUUUGUGGCUUCAAGCACUUCAGACAAACUGUGCAGAAGAGCAGGUGCUGAUUUUCGCUUGCCUGGUGCCUGGGUUCCCAGCAGUGUUGUCAUCCAGGGGGCCCUGCACUCUGGAGACACUCAUCAACCCUAGCCCUGGUGUAGUUGAUGCAAAAAUAUACCCAGAAGAAAUCACCCCACUCCUGCCAGCCAUAUCAGGGGAGAAGACCGCUGAGGACCAGACCUGCUUUUUUCUUCAAAUACUGUUGAAAUAUAUGGUUAUUCAGGCUGCGAGCUUGGAGUGGAAGAAUAAGGAGAAUCAAGAUACCGGUUUCAAAUUUCUUUUUACAUUGUUUCGAAAGUAUUAUCUUCCUCAUUUGUUUCCAUCAUUUACUAAGUUAACUAACGUCUACAAACCUGUACUUGAAAUCCCCCAUUUGAGACCAAAGCCAGUAUAUAUUACUGUAACUCGUGAUAAUGAAACAAUUUACAGUACAAAAAUUCCAUACAUGGCAGCUCGUGUUGUUUUCAUUAAAUGGAUUGUAACUUUCUUUUUGGAAAAGAAGUAUCUAACUGCAACACAAAACACUAAAAAUGGAGUUGAUGUAUUGCCUAAAAUCAUCCAGACUGUUGGUGCUGGUGCAAUACAAGAAAAGGCGCCGGAGCUGGAUGGCGCUGGGCCCACAGAGCAGGACAAAAGCCAUUCCAACAGUAGUACCUUGUCUGACCGAAGACUCAGCAACUGCAGCCUCUGCAGCGUGGAAGAGGAGUAUCGGACGGUGUAUGAGAUGGUGCAGCGGAUCCUCCUGUCGACUCGGGGUUAUGUGAAUUUUGUGAAUGAAGUAUUUCGACAGGCCUUUUUGUUGCCUUCCUGUGAGAUAUCUGUAACAAGAAAAGUAGUUCAAGUAUAUAGGAAGUGGAUCCUCCAGAACAAACCUGUGUUCAUGGAGGAACCAGAUAAAAAGGACGCUAUCCAAGAAGAUGCUGACAAACUAGGACUCACAGAGACUGACGGCAAGGAGGCCUCGACUGAAGGUUCUGGUCAUAAACGGUCAUCCAGCUGGGGACGCUCAUAUUCCUUCACAAGUGCCAUGAGUAGAGGGUGCGUGACAGAGGAGGACAACACAAAUGUGAAAGCCGGGGCCCAAGCUAUGCUGCAGGUCUUUCUUACAAACGCUGCCAAUGUCUUUCUGCUGGAACCAUGUGCCGACGUUCCCAUGCUCCUGAGAGAACAAGUAGACGCCUGCAAAGCUGUUCUGAUUAUUUUUCGGCGCAUGAUAAUGGAACUUACAAUGAACCAAAAAACAUGGGAGCAGAUGCUGCAAAUCCUUCUCAGGAUAACAGAAGCUGUCAUGCAGAAGCCAAAGGAUAAGCACGGAAAGGACUUGUUUGCCCAGAGCUUGGCAGGGCUGCUCUUCAGGACACUUAUUGUGGCUUGGAUCAGAGCAAACCUCUGUGUGUACAUUUCCCGGGAGCUCUGGGAUGACUUUCUCGGCGUGCUGUCAUCCCUUACGGAAUGGGAAGAGCUCAUCACCGAGUGGUCCAACAUCAUGGACUCCCUGACAGCUGUGCUCGCAAGAACUGUGUAUGGAGUUGAGAUGACAAACCUACCUCUAGAUAAAUUAAGUGAGCAAAAGGAGAAGAAGCAACGUGGCAAAGGUUGUGUUCUAGAGUCCCAAAAAGGGACUGCCGUGGGACGAUCCUUUUCUCUGAGCUGGCGUAGCCAUCCAGAUGUGACCGAACCAAUGAGAUUCAGAAGUGCUACCACAUCUGGAGCACCAGGGGUUGAGAAGGCGAGAAAUAUUGUCCGCCAAAAAGCCACUGCUAAGCGAAGCCAGUCUAUCAGCAACUGUGUCCACCUCUCUGAGGCUUUGCCUGCCACUAAAAGCGUCCCGCUCCUCCUCCAUACCGUCAGCGCCCUCUUCCCCGGUCUCUCUUACUCCUCUUGCUCUCACAGGCUGUCAGAGGUGGAGGAGCUGCAGCCGGCCGAGAGCGCGUCUGCAGCCGACCCCGACCUCCUUGUGGUGGGGCAGCAGCAGGUCCCUCGCAGCAGCAGCGCCUCCGACAUCACCGAGCCCCUGUGCUCAGAUUCUUCUCAAGGUCAAAGGGUAGAAGAUUCACAGAGUUGGAGCUCUUCAGAACCCAAGCAAGAGAGUAAAGGACACGUGAAGCAUGACCAUGAAGGAAUAACAAUCAUGGUGCGAAGGAGCAGCAGUCCUGCUGAGCUGGAUCCGAAGGAUGACUCACAGCAGACACACGGAAGGUGCAGGGAGAGACAGAAGAGUGAAAGUACAGGGAGUGACACAGCUGUGGGCUACAGCAACGAGGCAGAGCCACCGCUGAGUCCAUGGCCGACCUGUGAGGAGGACCCGGAGCUGAGCACUCCCACAGACGCUGUGGCUGACCCCGAUGCCCGCCAUUGGUUACAGCUGAGUCCCACUGAUGCUUCUAACUUGACAGAUAGCAGAGAGUGCCUCGCAGACGACUGCAGCAUAAUUGCAGGAGGGAGCCUAACUGGUUGGCACCCAGACUCUGCUGCUGUGUUAUGGCGGAGAGUCUUGGGAAUCCUUGGAGAUGUGAACACUAUCCAGUCACCGAAGAUCCAUGCCAAGGUUUUUGGCUAUCUCUAUGACCUGUGGUACAAACUGGCCAAGAUCCGAGAUAACCUCGCAGUAAGCCUGGAUAACCAGUCCUCUCCGUCUCCACCGCCCCUGAUUCCACCACUCAGAAUGUUCGCAUCGUGGCUGUUUAAGGCUACAACUCUGCCAAGCGAGUACAAGGAAGGCAAGCUGCAAGCCUACAAACUGAUCUGCGACAUGAUGACCAGACGCCAGGAUGUCCUGCCAAGCUCCGAUUUCCUGGUGCAUUUUUACCUUGUGAUGCACCUGGGAUUAACCAGCGAGGACCAGGAUGUCUUAAACACCAUCAUAAGAAACUGCUCACCCCGCUUUUUCUCCCUGGGUUUGCCUGGCUUCUCAAUGCUGGUGGGGGACUUCAUCACUGCGGCUGCCAGGGUCCUCAGCACGGACAUGCUGGCGGCGCCCCGCUCAGAAGCUCUCACUCUCCUCGGUUCCCUCGUCUGCUUCCCAAAUACCUACCAGGACAUCCCCCUGCUGCAGUCAGUGCCAGAAGUGAGUGAGGUCAUCACAGGGAGCGGAGAUGUCAAGCAUUACCUCAUAAAUAUUUUACUGAAGAAUGCUACCGAGGAACCAAAUGAAUGUGCAAGAUGCAUCGCCAUUUGCUCCCUUGGAGUCUGGAUCUGUGAAGAGCUUGCACACUGUGCCAGCCACCCUCAGGUGAAGGACGCCAUCAAUGUGAUAGGUGUGACUUUGAAGUUUCCUAACAAGAUCGUGGCUCAGGUAGCCUGUGAUGUUCUUCAGUUGUUGGUUUCCUACUGGGAAAAGCUUCAGGUGUUUGAAACUGCUCUACCGCGAAAAAUGGCAGAAAUCCUUGUGGCCACAAUCGCAUUCCUUUUACCAAGUGCCGAGUACUCCUCAGUGGAAACAGAUAAAAAGUUUAUUGUGUCCUUGCUCCUCUGCCUCUUGGACUGGUGCAUGGCGCUGCCUGUGAGUGCCCUUCUCCAUCCUGUGUCCACGGCAGUCCUGGAGGAGCUGCACCCGUCCCGGGCUCCCUUGUUGGAUUAUAUCUACAGGGUUCUGCACUGCUGUGUCUGUGGCUCGAGCACUUACACACAGCAGAGUCACUACACUCUGACCUUGGCUGACUUGUCAUCCACGGAUUAUGACCCCUUCCUGCCUCUGGCCAAUGUGAGGAACUCCGAGCCAGUCCAGUACCAUUCAUCAGCAGACCUGGGGAACCUGCUGACUGUGCAGGAGGAGAAAAAGAGACGAAGUGUGGAAUUGAUUCCUCUCACUGCACGGAUGGUUAUGGCCCACCUGGUGAACCACCUGGGCCACUACCCGCUCAGUGGGGGCCCUGCUGUGCUGCACAGCCUGGUCAGUGAGAACCAUGACAACGCUCACGUGGAGGGAGUGGAGCUAUCCUCGGAGGUGUUCAGGAGCCCAAACCUGCAGCUCUUUGUGUUUAAUGACAGCACGCUCAUCUCCUAUCUUCAGACACCAGCAGAAGGCCCAGCUGGAGGGACCUCGGGAGGAUCGCUCUCAGAUGUGAGAGUCAUCGUGAGGGAUAUCUCAGGGAAGUACUCUUGGGAUGGCAAGGUUUUAUACGGACCUCUCGAAGGCCGCUUGGCACCCCAGGGCAGGAGCCCCUCACUUCAGAUUCCUGCCUGGCACCAUCACACAUGUGGCCCUCAGAAAGACUUGUCUCACAGUGAGGAGGGAGACGACGCACUUGACAAGUUACUUGAGAACAUUGGCCGCGCAAGUCCUGAAUGCCUUUUACCAUCACAACUAAAUCUAAAUGAGCCUUCCCCACCCCCGUGCGGAAUGGACUGUGACCAAGAGAAGGAAAUCAUUGAGGUCAUCCUGCGCCAGAGCACACAGGAAGAUGAGUAUGUCCGGAGGUGUAGCUCAACUUCUGCAGUGAAGGUCACCAGCCAAGGACAGCCCUCACCAGUGGAGCCCCGGGGACCUUUUUAUUUCUGCAGGCUGUUGCUCGAUGACUUGGGAAUGAAUUCCUGGGACAGAAGGAAGAACUUUCACUUGUUGAAGAAGAAUUCAAAAUUAUUGAGAGAGCUAAAGAAUCUGGACUCACGUCAGUGCCGCGAGACACAUAAGAUCGCAGUGUUUUACAUUGCUGAAGGGCAAGAAGACAAGUGUUCCAUUCUCGCCAAUGACAGAGGAAGCCAGGCCUAUGAAGACUUCGUUGCUGGUCUUGGAUGGGAGGUGGAUCUGUCCACCCACUGUGGGUUCAUGGGCGGCCUUCAGCGCAAUGGCAGCACAGGCCAGACGGCCCCUUACUAUGCUACCUCCACCGUGGAAGUCAUUUUCCAUGUUUCCACUCGAAUGCCAUCAGAUUCAGACGAUUCACUCACCAAAAAGCUCCGUCACCUGGGGAAUGAUGAAGUCCACAUCGUCUGGUCUGAACACUCCAGGGACUACCGCAGGGGCAUUAUCCCAACAGCCUUUGGAGACGUUUCCAUCAUUAUCUACCCAAUGAAGAAUCAUAUGUUCUUUAUCACGAUAACAAAGAAGCCUGAGGUUCCGUUCUUUGGGCCUCUGUUUGAUGGAGCCAUCGUGAGUAGGAAGCUGCUGCCAAGCCUUAUCUGUGCCACGUGCAUCAAUGCCAGCAGAGCGGUGAAGUGCCUCAUCCCACUCUAUCAGAGCUUCUACGAAGAGCGGGCUCUGUAUCUGGAAGCCAUAAUUCAGAACCACCGUGAGGUCAUGACGUUUGAGGAUUUCGCAGCUCAAGUCUUCUCCCCCUCUCCCAGCUACUCCCUCGGUGGAUCGGAUUAAAAUACACAAUGGCUUCACUACGAUACUUGAGCAAGG